CGCCGUACGGUGCAGUCAAAGAAUCUAGGAGAAGGGGUUCUCUUUGUCGAUGUUGUUGUUUUAUCAUUGGUGUUGUAUCAACGAAAAGUAACGAAAAGUCUUAAGAAGAGUAAACGGCAGUAUGAGGCCCUUCGGUCACCAGCCUGGCCCAAGGAUGCCCAUGGGGAUGGACAGGAUGAUGGGACCCGGUCCUGGGUUUGAAGAGAUGGGCCCACCGCGAGAUGGUCCAAUGAUGAACAACUUUGGCGGAGGAGGAUUUGGUGGUGGAAGAGGCUUUGAUGGACCCCUUGGGAUGGGUCCCGGAAACAUGAGGGACAACAUGGGACCCCCUAUGGGGCCUAGAGAUAACAUGGGACCAAGAGGAGAAUUCAUGGGGAAUAAUUUUAACAGAGGGAAUGAUUUUGGGCUGAGACCGCCAGGGUUUGAUGAUAGAAUGGAUGACAUGGGCACUGGACAUGGAGGAAUGGGUCCCAGACCUGGAGGAAUGGGACCUGGACCAGGAGGAAUGGGUCCUGGGCCUGGAGGAAUGGGACCUGGACCAGGAGGAAUGGGUCCUGGGCCUGGAGGAAUGGGACCUGGACCAGGAGGAAUGGGACCCGGACCAGGAGGAAUGGGACCCGGACCAGGAGGAAUGGGUCCUGGACCUGGUGGAAUGGGUCCUGGACCUGGUGGAAUGGGCCCUGGACCUGGAGGAAUGUGCCCUGGACCUGGUGGAAUGGGCCCUGGACCUGGAGGAAUGGGCCCUGGACCUGGAGGAAUGGGUCCUGGACCUGGUGGCGGAAUGGGACCCGGACCUGGUGGAAUGGGCCCUGGACCUGGAGGAAUGGGUCCUGGGCCAGGUGGAAUGGGUCCUGGACCUGGAGGAAUGGGACCUGGUGGCGGAAUGGUACCCGGACCUGGUGGAAUGGGCCCUGGACCUGGAGGAAUGGGACCUGGUGGCGGAAUGGGACCCGGACCUGGUGGAAUGGGCCCUGGACCUGGAGGAAUGGGACCCGGACCUGGUGGUGGAAUGGGGCCCAGGCCUGGUGGAUUGGGACCUGGUGGAGGAAUGGGUCCUGGACCUGGUGGUGGAAUGGGUCCUGGACCUGGUGGUGGAAUGGGGCCCAGGCCUGGUGGAAUGGGUCCAGGACCCAUGGGUCCUGGUCAGGGAGGGAUGGGGUCAGGUUAUGGAGAUGGUCAGCAGCAAAUGAUGGGUCAAGACUACAGCAACAUGGACAUCCAUGACAUGGUGAACCAGAUGAAUUCCAUGAUGACUGGCAAUGGAGACAUGAGCAGUAAUCUCCAGAAAAUGGAGACCAUGAUGGGCCACAUGAGGAACAUCUACCACCAGGCUGGUGGAGACUGGACCAGGCUAGGAAUGGACCCAGCCACGUAUUUCUACCAGUCCAGUCAGUGGCAGCAGUACUAUGCUAUGAUCUAUGGCGACGAAGCUGCUGCAGCCAUGUUUGGUCUACAGCAGCCAAAGAAGAAGAAGAACAAGCAAGGAAAAGAAGCCAAGACCCCAGACAACCAAGACCCCACCAUGUCCAGCAGUGCAAUACUGAAGGCGUUCUACCGUAACCCGGAAUACAAGUCCGAAGUCGAACUUCAGAAGGAGGCCUGGCAUAAGAAACAGCAGGAAAAAUAUUUAGCUAAAAGACUACAGCAAGAUACACAGGUAAAGCCGUCUCCACAGGCUCCUGCGAAACAGGCAACGCAGACGCCACCAGGACAGAAGAAAAGUGGAGGAUGGAAACCUGUGCCACCAAAGGGAGCUGCUAGUCAAGAGAAAACUUCAGCAUCUGAUAAGAAAACGGGGAACAAACUGGACCACGAGAAGGACAAGGAUGUCCAACAAAUGGACAAGGAUGUUAAAGAAAAGGACAAGGAUGUCCAGGAAAAGAACAAGGAUGUUCAAGAGAAGGACAAGAAUGUCCAGGAAAAGAACAAAGAUGUUCAAGAGAAGGGCAAGGAUGUUCAAGAGAAGGACAAGGAAUGGGAGGAAUUCCAGAGGCAGAUCCAAAAGUUGAAGGAAGAAGAAGAGAAAAGAAAAGAAGAGGAGAAUAAGGAAGAGGAGGAAAAGAAGGAAAAGGAAAAAGGAGAGGCUAAGAGCACGUCUGCUCCAAGCACAGAGACAAAGUUAGACCUGGAGAAUACUGACUGGUCCUCGUGUAAACCUUGCAACAUGAACUUUGAGUCCAUAGACCAAUUCAAGGUCCACUGCAGAGGCAUGUGGCACUCCAUGAAUGUACAGGCAGAAGAGGAGAAAGAGAGACAGAAACAUAUCCGAGAACGAGAAAAAGAGAAGGAAAAAGAGCGAGAGGCACGUUCACACCGAGGCCCAGAUAGACGGAGAAGUAGGUCACCAUACUCAAGAGAGAGAGAUAGAGAUCGCUACAGCAGACGAUCCAGAUCUCCCCGGCGCCGCGGACACUCAAGGGACCGUUCACGUGAAAUAUCACGUGAACGUUCACGUGGUAUUUCACAUGAACGUUCGCGUGGUAUUUCACACGAACGUUCGCGUGGUCGAGAUUAUGAUCUGGAAUACAGAAGGUCUCAUGAUCCAUACCACAGUCACAGUCGUGAAAGAGAUCGCAAUGGAAGGGGAAGAGAAAGGUCAAGGUCACCACACCGCUGGUCUACAAGGCCACCAGUUGUGAAACAACCGGAAGAAAAUGAGAAAAAAGAGGAGGAGGUAGAUGAAGAAGAUGAAGAUGAUGAUGAUGAUGAAGAGUUAGACACCAGUUUUUGCAAGCUAUGUAACCAGAAGUUUAACAAUCCACAGGCCUAUUGGAUGCACACCCGUGGCAUGAUUCACAUUCACAAGACCCUGGAGAAGGAGAAAAAGAAGAACCCAGAACUCCAGAAAGAGGCUGACAGACAGAGAGAGAUACAGGAGGGCUCCUGGAGAGAACCUGUGAGACAGAGGAAGUGGGAAGCGGCAGCGGAGAGAGAUCUGGAGCCUGAUGACAUUGGAAAAUUUGUUGAUGGCUUCUAUUGUAAGGCCUGUGAUGUGACGUGCACUUCUGAGAUCUCCUUACAAGCUCACAUGGAUGGAAUCAAACAUUUAAAGAAAGUGCGAGCUGGUGGUUCAGCAGUAGAUGGAAAAGGAAAGAGGAAGAAAGAAUUGAUGAUCCAGCUUGCUAUGGACAACUGCAGGGAGCCCCUGAUUGGUCUGGACUACCUGAUCGAGUUCCAGCCAGAAGACCCUGCAGAGGAACCUCGUUAUGUUUGCGAACUUUGCGAACAGAAGUUUGAUCCCCGCCAGGUCAUCGCUCACGUCACCGGUUUGAGACACAGAAACAGGUUUAUGAAAGAGAACUAUCCCCUGUAUCACGAAAAACUGUACGAGCUCGGUGAGCGGCGUGAGAAGAAGUCUGUGAGGACUGACCUUGCACUGCAGUAUGCCAAGUGGAUAGAGGAAAGGGAGGGCAGGAAACCUAUACGCCUCAAGUUGGUGCUGGAGCCUUUAUUAAAAGAUUCAAACGCAACUUGGGUGGAAGAUGAUAAGUAUUCUUCUGAAAGAGCAUCAGGGUUGACUAGGAAGUAUGAAUCCUACUCCACUUACUCCGAGAGGGACGAUGACUUGGAUGACAUUCAAAGAAAAGACGUCAAUGUCAAGGAAGAACAGGGAGACACCAGGGGUGGGCCGAGAGAUCCACGAGAUAGAGGGCGCGAUUAUCUUGGCCCAGAACGAGAGAGAGGCUAUCCCGAUAGAGACUAUUUCGACAGAAGAAGAGACUACUAUGAAGGUCUAGAUAGACCAGGAUACCCUGAGCGCGGAGGAGUCUAUCCUGGACGUUACAGAGACUACCCUGAUGUGCGGGGUGCCCCCUAUGAUGACUCUUACUAUGACAGAUAUCCCAGAAGAUACCCUGCUGACUAUGACCGCUACUACCCUCCUGCACGCCUACUACCAGGAGAGGAUGACAGGCCAGGACUGAGUCGUCCAAUGGAAGUGAUAGACUACAGUCACCAGUCCACAUCCGCAGAGGUCAGCAGAGAGGGGGACAGGUCCCCCAGGCUCCAGGACGACCCCAACGAGAGGAAAUUUCAAGAAAUGAUGGGAGAGCUGCAGGAAAGGGGACAGCUGGAUGAUCAACAGGACAAAGAAUCCAAGGUUCCUGAUGCAGCGGCCAUUGCGGCGGCGCUAGGGGUUGACACAGGCGGGAUUCCUCUGAAUGAGGAGACCAAAAGGUUGCUGGAGACACUGGGUCAGGUGAUGGUCAGCAAUGACAAUGAGGCUGAAGUGGCUCUACAGGUGUCCAACACUCUGACACAGGCACUUGCAGACUACAAACUUAAACAUGGAAAGCUGGGUGAAGGGACAGGUGAUCAGAGACCAUCUGAGGGGUAUGAUAAACCAGCAACACAAAGAGAACAUACAGCAGAGGAACUGGACGAGGCCUUCUUCAUCGGCCAUCAGCCACAGUCUAGGAUAGCACCUGUUGUCUGGAAGAAAGACAGCCGCCAGAAUCAGUCCAAACUUGUGCCAACUUCAAACCCUCUUGUUGCCUAUGGUGGCAGUGAUGACGAGGGCGAGACGGAGCCACAGCAAACACAGUCCAGUCAAAGUUCUGCCAGUGUCAUGGCGUCGUCUGUCUCGUCGUUGUACAGUCGCACUGCAAACCUCUUUGAUGCUUAUUCGUUUGGAAACUUGUUAAACACAGCCCCCCAACCCCCUCCUGAACAAGACUCCCCUCCCCUGCCCCCACCUUUGCCCCCCUCCAGUGAAGCUGAGCCACCCCCACCCCCUCCCCCAGACACGGAACAAAGUGAACAGAGUUACGAUUCACAGAUGAAGUAUUUAGACUUACAACAACAACAGCAGCAACAACAGUAUUUCUACCAGCAACAAUAUGGCUAUCAGUUGCCACAACAACAGUUACCACAACAACAGUUGGCAGAGCAACAGUACCAACAAUCACAGUACAUGAUGCAGACGGGUUACCAGGGAAUGUAUUAUUCCCAACCGCCUUCCUAAUAAAAUCCAUUCCAACUUCUGUCAUGUAACAUCUUCAAUAAAAUUAUUUUAUCAAUAUUGUUACAUUAAAAUAUGGUUACUGUCAGGGAUCAUGCAUUUUUUAUUUAGUUGGACUGAUUUUGCAAAAAUUGUCAACAUGUCUUUUUAGCCAUUUAGCAAAUAAACUAGAUCUUUGCAUAUGUUGCUUAUAAGACUGUUGCAAAUUUCUGUUUGUUAGAAAUAGGAAUAUUUAUCCUACUGUUGCUUUUAGUUUUAAAAUUUCUGCUUUAGUUAAGAAAAGGUUGAAACUUGCAGUAAGAAUAGUUUUACAAGGCAUUUAAUCAUGAUAAUGAGUAAAGUUCAACUUUACAUUAACUCUCAACUCUUCAAGUUAAGUAGUUAUAGAAUUUCCCUUAGUUUUCUUUUAUUGUGAAAAAUACAUUCUGUAAGAGUGUAAAUAAAAUUGAGAGUCCGUGUUUCUUCAUUGAA